CGCGAGGGCGAGCAGCGCCGAGGUGGCAGGCGGAGAGAGAAGCCGGCACUUAACUUGGACCGCGCACCGAACCAGAAGAGAGAGCAGCUGGCUUCAGAUUCCCAGUGUGGGAACGAGGGCAAGUUAAUAAAGCCAGGAGCCGAGGGCAAAUCAAGACCCAGACCUGGAGACCUGAUUGAGAUUUUCCGAGUUGGCUAUGAGCACUGGGCCAUCUAUGUGGAAGAUGACUGUGUGGUCCAUCUGGCUCCCCCGAGUGAGGACUUUGUGGUUGGCAGCAUCACUUCUGUUUUUAGCAACCGUGCAGUUGUAAAGUACAGUCGUCUGGAGGACGUACUGCACGGCUGCUCUUGGACAGUCAACAACAAGCUGGAUGGGACAUACUUGCCCUUGCCUGUGGACAGGAUCAUCCAGCGCACAAAGAAGAUGAUCAAUAAGACUGUGCAGUACAGCCUGAUUGAGGGGAACUGUGAGCACUUCGUCAACAACCUCAGAUAUGGUGUUCCCAGGAGCCAGCAGGUGGAGCACGCCCUGGUGGAAGGAGUGAAGGCUGCAGGCAUGGUGAUCUCAGUGGCAGUAGACAGCAUGAGGCCGGAACCACUAACUGCCUGAAGGAGCUGCAAGCUCCAAGUAGGGAAGAGCUGCUGAAGAGAACAUGCUCUUGUUUUUCCCUUACCCUCUUCUCUCAGUCACUGUACUUAAAG